CCCAGUCCAGCGGGUCAUCCUUCGACCGACACGAUCAUGCUGCAUGACAGAGACCAACACGCAGGCGUCUUGUGGAUACACAUCAGAUGCAUGUCUGCAUCAUCUGCGGGGCUCACUUUGUAGCUAUGGCGCCUGGCCGUCGAGGACGAUAGCUGCGAUGGGAGUCACCAGGCGGCGGACCUUGGCGGCCGUCAGGGGGAAUCGCUGGGCGAAUGGGGCCCCCUGAGGGACACCCGCUGCUGGCGCCUCGGUGGUACGGAUGUUGACGUGGACUGCACGCAGACAACAGCAGAGCGGAUGGUCCGACGACACGACAGCAUGAUGAUGGGUUGUCAAUGUGUUGUCAAUGUGUAUGCGUACCGCUCUGGUUGUUGGCUGGGCGGAUGCCAAAGAGAAUCCAGGCGAUGAAUGGGUCGGCAGCCGUUGUCAGCACGUGCGCCUGCCCACAGAACCCACUGGCCCGCUCGCAUGCCGUCACGUCCGAGCACUCGUCGAGGGGCGUGUGCGGCGAUCGAGUCAUGAUGCGGUCGACGUGGCCGCCACGCACACGCCUGACACACACAUCAAUAACGCACCACAUAGUCAUUCGCCCUCUCAUUUUGUGCCGUCCAUCCACUCACUCAUCCACCGCCACUGUUGGCGAGUAGGUGAAGCCGCCCACAGCCCGCAACCGGCGAACCAGCAUCAGGCUCUUUAACAGGGAGCUCGCCGAUGCGUCAACAGCCCCGUUGUUGACGCCACCUGUCGCCCAGCCCACACCAUGCUGCCACCGAAUGCGGCUGCGGACUGGUGGGUCGUGUGGCUUGGUGUGGUGGGUGAAGGGGUGCUGCGAGAAGGGAUGGACGGGGCGGUUGGGGAGGGGGAGGGGCGGGUUGACUGUGAUGGUGAAGCCGGGCUCGUUGCGGAUGGCGCGAAUCUCGUUGUUGUGGCGGAACAGGUGGAGUGUGCCGUCUUGCUGGCCGUUGGGGCGGCGGAAGGCCACAUAGCGGCCGACGAGCAUCCACUGAGCACAGAAACGGGGCAGCGCCAGGAAGUCCUGCAUUCAACAGCUCACAUCCAGCAGCUCACCCAUUGCCCCUUCUGUGUGUUGUGCUUACCGCCUUGGUGGCGUGUGUCUGCAGAUCUACAGCACCCACAGUGACCGGCAGCUGGCAGCAGCCGCAGUGCUCGGCGACUCUGAGUGUGUCGCCCACCUCCCGCCAGCCGCCCUCGCCCCCCUCCUCCACCACCCACAUGGCCUUCAGCACGUCGCGGUGGCUCAGCUGAUCGUCGAACUGUACCACACCGCUCACCCCCGCCCGCUCGAUGGCCUUGUCCAGCCGAAAGCGUCGGACGAUCGGCCGGAGGGCAUUUCUGAUGGGUAGGGCUGUCGACUUGAGGUGGGCGACGGUGGUGAGGUCAGACAGCGCCAGGACGAUGCUCAUGGGCUCGGCAGGGAUGUCAGUCAGAUGCAGCCGUCGGGCCUGAUUGCACACAUAAGAGGUGCACACCGCAUCAGUGUGGGUCUUGCGUUUGUGCCUGCCUGUGGCCACUCACUCCCUCACCUGUGUGCGGCUAUGUCUUGUGAGUGCGAUGGUCGAGUUGAUGGUGUCUGUCAGGUCGGCCAGCAGGUCGGACACAGCCUCGAGUUGACGACUCACCUUAUCCACCAUCUGACGAAGAAAGUAGCCUCGACAGACACACAGAGAGCUUUGUGGUGUGUGGUGUGUUUGGCAGCCUGCCGCACCAGUGGUGCCAUCGAAGCUGCGGUGUCCAUCUGCAGGAGUUGGUCUAUGCAGCUGUUGAUCUGCGCACGCACACCACACACACACACACAAGCAAACAGCGAUAAGCUUUGGAUGCACUGCAUGGAAUGGACGAGUUGGUUGGUGUGUUGGUCGGCUGGCUACAUGAGCCUGCUUCAUCCGAUGAACUUCUACUCGGGGCAGCAGCUGCGCCCGUACCGCUGCGCUCAACUGCACCAAACCGAAUGGCAAACCACACACACACCACAAAUGAGCGGCUGGCCUGAACCUUCCUCUUCUCCAAUUCCUCUUCUCUCACCUGGGCGGCGGUACUGGCAGCCAU